CACAUUCUCUCCAGAAACGCCUUCUAGAAGACUGUCUGCUGACACAGCUGCAUUCAGUUAACCAACUAACCUACAUUACAUGAACUUCUUGACGAACGAAAACGGCUUUUCGGCAUCGAACCGAGUACUAUACAUAACUCUUGUGACAUGCGAUAUCAUAUCCAUGUCUUUUUUGCAUAGUUAUCUCAGGAGUAUUCUGUAUUCCCUACUUCCGACUUCGAGGGGCUCUUUCACCUUCUACUGUUGGCUCGAGUUCUUACCAGCUCAAGUAAUGUGGUUAUACUUAUUUCUUCCUCACGAGUACUCUACAUCCAUUGGGCUAAUAAUGGCUUUGAUCGUCGCUCAGACCAUGCGGUUGACAGGCCCAUGUUGCGAUGACAAGGCUGGGUAGCCACUUCCGUCAUCGCCUGUCCCCCCUCUCUUUUGUUCCUUACUCAUAUUAGUGCAGCUUUUAUCCAUCCAUUUCCUAGGACGUUUGUUUCUUUCUCCCGCCUUUUGGCCGGCAUUUACUGUAAUCCAAUCCCCAUUCAAGCCAACUGAUGCAAGAAACCUUCCACCA